CAUUUUUGAACCACAAUGGCGUCGUGACGGAGACAGCAGAGUGGCCGCAGGUGAUUAACCCAGUGAAGUGUCCUCCUCCUGCCCCCGUAGCUCAGGCUGUGACGGCAGAAACUACGGUUUUAACAAGAAAAGGGUUUCUGUAAGGGAUCAGGAUGGAUACCUCAAAACUUCCAAGAAUCCAGGAUGAGGAGCGAGAGAGUCAGUUUGGAUACGUUCAUGGAGUUUCUGGACCAGUGGUGACGGCCACUGCCAUGGCCGGAGCAGCCAUGUACGAGCUGGUCCGUGUCGGACACAGCGAACUGGUGGGAGAGAUCAUUCGACUGGAGGGAGACAUGGCCACGAUCCAGGUCUACGAGGAGACUUCCGGGGUGUCUGUUGGUGACCCCGUCCUCCGAACAGGAAAACCACUCUCCGUGGAGCUGGGACCUGGGAUCAUGGGCUCCAUUUUUGACGGUAUCCAGCGCCCCCUAAAGGACAUCAAUGACCUGACCCAAAGUAUUUACAUCCCCAGAGGAGUGAACAUCGGAGCUUUAAACCGAGACAUCAAGUGGGAGUUUUCACCAGGACAGAGUCUUCGAGCUGGCAGUCACAUCACAGGUGGCGAUAUCUACGGUAUCGUUUUUGAGAAUUCUUUAAUCAGACACAAACUGAUGCUUCCUCCUCGUAGCCGAGGGACGGUGACGUAUCUGGCUCCACCGGGACACUACGACCUCUCUGAUGUGGUUCUGGAGCUCGACUUUGAAGGAGUGAAGGAGAAGUUCACCAUGGUUCAGGUGUGGCCUGUACGACAAGUCCGCCCGGUGACGGAGAAACUUCCUGCCAAUCACCCACUGCUCACCGGUCAGAGAGUUCUGGACGCACUUUUCCCCUGUGUCCAGGGCGGCACCACUGCUAUUCCCGGAGCCUUCGGAUGCGGAAAGACGGUGAUCUCCCAGUCCUUGUCCAAAUAUUCCAACAGUGACGUCAUCAUCUACGUCGGCUGUGGGGAGCGUGGGAAUGAAAUGUCGGAAGUGCUGCGUGACUUCCCCGAGCUGACGAUGGAGGUGGAUGGUAAGGUGGAGAGCAUCAUGAAGAGAACCUCCCUGGUGGCCAACACCUCCAACAUGCCUGUGGCGGCCAGAGAGGCGUCCAUUUAUACAGGGAUCACACUGUCAGAAUACUUCAGGGACAUGGGCUAUAACGUGAGCAUGAUGGCAGACUCAACUUCUCGAUGGGCUGAAGCUCUGAGGGAAAUCUCUGGAAGAUUGGCAGAAAUGCCAGCUGACAGCGGUUAUCCUGCCUACCUGGGUGCCAGGCUCGCCUCCUUCUAUGAGCGCGCAGGACGAGUCAAGUGUCUGGGAAAUCCAGAAAGAGAAGGCAGCGUCAGCAUCGUGGGAGCUGUGUCGCCCCCUGGUGGAGACUUCUCAGAUCCUGUCACCUCAGCCACAUUAGGAAUCGUUCAGGUUUUCUGGGGUUUGGACAAAAAGUUGGCCCAGAGGAAACACUUCCCCUCAGUCAACUGGCUGAUCAGCUACAGCAAGUACACGCGGCCGCUGGACGAGUACUACGACAAACACUACCCCGAGUUUGUUCCUCUGCGCACCAAAGCCAAAGAGAUCCUGCAGGAGGAGGAGGAUCUGGCUGAAAUCGUGCAGCUCGUAGGAAAGGCUUCAUUGGCUGAAACCGACAAGAUUACUCUAGAAGUUGCUAAGCUGAUUAAGGACGACUUCCUGCAGCAGAACGGAUACACGUCGUACGACAGGUUCUGUCCCUUCUACAAAACCGUGGGCAUCCUGUCCAACAUGAUUGCCUUCUACGAUAUGGCGAGACACGCGGUGGAGACCACGGCGCAGAGCGACAACAAGAUCACGUGGGCCAUGAUCAAGGAGCACCUGGGAGAGAUUCUGUACAAGAUCAGCUCCAUGAAGUUCAAGGAUCCCGUGAAGGAUGGCGAAGCUAAAAUUAAAGGAGACUACGCUCAGCUGCUGGAGGACAUGCAGAACGCCUUCAGAACCCUGGAGGAGUAGGUUUCCACAGAGCCAGGUUCUGAGUUUCCACCUCAGCGCUGCGAACUCGCCGUCAACGUCCCUGACACAUUCCACGGCCUGGAACUUUUUUUUUUCUUUAAAGAGCACACAGAAGUCUGACAAGCACUUAGAAAUCAUCGCUACGUCGUGUGGUUGAAGUCGCUGAAGUACCAAGGUACUGCAUUUGCACUUAAGUACAAGUCACAGCAGUUAUAAAAAAAGGGA